AUGGUGGAAGCUUCGCAGAGAAGCGUCCUGACCGUUUCGGAUCCUAAGGAAACUGUUCAAACAGAAUCUUAUGAGGAACCCAUCAGGGUUUCUUUGGAGGAGGUGGAAGCGAAAAAGCUUCCAGAAACGGCUGAAGGGAAGAAGAAAAGAAAAAACAAAGGCAAGCAGGCAAGAGAAGAUGAAGGAGCCCGGCCAAAGAAGGAAAAGAAUGAGAAGAAAGAAAGGAAGUCGAGUGAGAAGAGGGAAUGCAGGCAAAAAGAGAAGUGCCUGAAAAAGGAGGAAAAGAGAAAGAGGGCUAAAAGCCCGGAUGUCAACAGAGAAUCCACCACCACAAGGGUGGAAGAGGGGGUGUCAAUACAACAAAGAGAAUCGGUGCAACCUCAAGAGGCAUCAAUGCAUAUCAGCACGAUUGCGACUGAAGACCAAGAGGAUCCAUACAUUACCCCUCUAAUGCAGCAUCGCAAGGAGAAUGCGCCGUAA